GAAUCAAGCACAUGUCCUCUUUUCUUUACAAUUUUGUAUAAAAUUUUUUGUAACACGUUUUCUUUUCUCUUGUUUUUCGAAAUAAUUUUCUAACUUUUACAAUGGCUGUUGAAAUGAAUAAAAGAAAACGUAAAUUAAAAAACGAAUCAAAUGAAGUUCCCAAAAAGAAGAAGGUCAAAAAUGAUAACAAUUCAGAAGAACCAGAGGAGUUGAUGUUGAACGAUGAAGAACCAAAUCAAGUAGCCGAAGAUGCAGUGGCGGCAGAAGUGGAAGAAGAAGAUAACACAAAUGAUUCUGGUUUUGAACCGGACGAGGAAGAUAUGAAAUUUUCGAAAGAUUUCAAAAUGCUCAAUUUCCGAGCAAAGUUAAGAGGAACAAAUUUUAUCACAGAACUACGUCAUUUUCUCCAUCUCACCAGAGCACGGCCACAGAUCAUUGCAAAAUACAUUGAAAAACGUGGGAAACCCCUCGAACUAGCUGAAGCCCUCGAACGUGUCGAUAAAACCAACAUCUUUCACACAUUCUACCUGUGCGAAGCAUUCCAUUUAGUUGUGAUGGAAAUCCUCAGUAAUCACAAAAGCCAUCUGGAAUCGGCUAUAAGUGCUUGUCGCUACUUCCUCAAAAGCAACAGCAGUGUCUUCGAGAGUCUCUUGAAGUCCAACAAUCUCAAUCACCGAAAAUGUGCUCUGAAACUCCUUACCGCAAUAGUCUGCACUGAGCCACAGCUAGGCAGACAACUUCUGUCCUCAUUUGACAUUCUGUCCAAUGUAAGGGAGAUCGAGAACUUCCUUUCACAUUCCAAAUAUGAGCUGCACGACGAGGACACAGUUCGAAAGUGCUACAUUCAUUUUAUCUUGGCAUAUCUCGUCGACGGGAACAUCUUGUUGAUAAGAAACAUCCUCGAUAAGGGUAUUCUGAUAAAAGCUCUAGCGUCUGGUUUGCUCUUUGAUGACCAUGUCACAGUUUGUGUGGUCAUAAGCACCUUGAAGAAGUUCGUCCUGGAAUGUCCAGAAAUCUCCAAGACAAAGAAAGUCAACGUCUUCGAUUUGGAUUGCGUGAAGUCGUUUGCCAGGCUCUACGAUUGGCUAGGACCUGCUGCUCUUGCUGCAAGGUACUCUAACCGAAAAGAAUCGUCGGGAAUAAACUUCGCCAAACUAAAAGAGUAUGUGGAUCCAAAUGAAAAGCAAGCAGUGACUGAAGCGGUUCAUGAGUUUCUCGUAAUGUUGCUUACAUCGCGUAAACAUGGUAUCACCUUUGAUGCUAUGGGUCAAUAUCAGCAGCGUCAAAACAAGCUUCAGGGUAAAAUAAUUGGUUUCCUGGAAAAACCAUGGAUGUGCGAGAAAAAAACCGAAUUGGUUCUGACGACACUUCGGGCUUGUCCCGAUAUCGCCCGCAACACUGUCCGGUACUUUGGAGUCAUCAUUAAUCCAUUGCGGACAUCCAUGGCAUUGUGGGUUAUCAAGUGCGACUUCAUCACAAAACUCAUCAACGAGUUGCAUCCUAAACUGCUGAAAGGUGCUCUGGAGAAGAUCACCCUUACUGACUUCUCGCACUGGAUCAAGGCAAUUUGCCUUCCCAUCGAGGUGUUGACUCAUUUAACACAAGGUCGAGCACUGAGACAUGCAGACUUCCAGCACCGAUUGGCAGCAAAUCGACUGCUUUUGGCCAUGUUCCGCCAGUACUGCAACUACAUGGCAGCGAUCAUUGAACGGGAGCAACAGAAGAAGAACAAUCUGCGUCGAUUCAAGUUCGACCUGCUCAACCACAUAUUCAUACACUUCCCAACCAUCGAAGACAUCCUCUUUUCCCUUUUUGUCACGAUUCAAGCUCAAAAAGAAGAAGGUGUUAAUGUCCUGGAGCACUUGGAGAUCACUCUGGAUUUGGUUCUGAUCAUUUGCCAACAGAAUCGUUCGUUUGUCAAUAAAACAGCAACCAUCAUUGACUACCUGGAGCUCUUGAGGCCUCUGUACGCCAGCGACAAAGGACAGGGAAACAUCAAGCUCGAAAUGAAGGCCAUCAAGACAAUUCUGUUCCUCUUCCCAAAGGCUCUCGAGCCACAAGAGAAGCUCUUCGGAAAUGUUAUGAAAAGUUUCAUCAAGGCGUUUGUUCAAGGAGACGCGGAAAUCCGCCGUGAGGCAGGCGAACUUCUGCGUGGGAUAUUUAUGAACACGGGUAUCUUCGAUUCCGCCGAGUUAGAAGUCGAUCUGUGGCUGGAAGCGCUGCGUUUUGUUAACCCGGCAACUGUUGAUAUUGUCGUGGCGGUUUUCAUUGAAGUUCUCCAAGUUACCAAGGCCGAUAUUGAUCCCUUGGAGGAGAGAACUGAACAUCAGGCGUCAAUUGAAGAAAAACAUCUCUCCAAAUUGUUUUCCAACAUUGAGAAGGGGUUGUCCGUUCAGGGAUAUGUUGAAACUCCAACCAUGAGCAAACUGUAUCCUCUGAUUGUGAAGGGUGUUGAAAUCGGUGACCAACUGGGAACCUAUAUGAAACUAGUUCGUUUGUUGAUUAACAAUUACGUAGACUGUGGCACUUACGAGACUUUGGAAGGCAACGAAGUGGCCGAAAAGAUGCGAAAGUUGAUUGGAGUGGAAAAAGCUAUCCUCGAGGGGCAACUGAAAUUCGAAGAAGUUUUCCUAAAAUCUAGGAAAACCGUGCCUUUAACUCUGCUCGAUGGCAAGGAACUGCAAGUGGGUGCAAGUCUCCAAAAUGAACGUUUGGUCAUGAUCUAUAUUCAGGAGGUAAUGUCCAUUGUGGCCCACCUCACCCGAACCGAAGCUUUGACAUUGGAACAGUCGAAAAAUGCAGCCAAUUUGAUGGUGAAUUUUUUGAAAGUCAUGCAAGCUCUAUGUUCUUCAGAGAAGUCAGUUGUUGAAGUCUCACUGGAAGAAGACAAGGAUGUGGUUCGUCUGAGUUAUUUUGAAAAGACCCUUAAAUAUAUAUUCAACACUCGUCUGGGUAUGAUCCAGACAACGAGUCUCUUUAGCAACGAGACGAGCAACCUGAACUAUGUCCACUUCCUUCAACAAAUAACCGAUUGUGUGAAUAUCUUCGAAAUGGGUAGUUUCUCCGAUUUCACUACGAACUUCCGACAGAAAAUUGUUACAUCCAUAAAAAUAGCCACCAGCGAGGAUAAGAAGCAGCUCAAGAAACACACCGAAGAGCUUCAACCGCUGAUAGGCUUAAUGAAAUCCUUCCAGUUGUCCAGUGAAAAUUGUCUCGAGAUUCUUGAGAACAUUUCCUCGCUUUCUUAUGAAGAUUUCGUCGGGAAGGCCGGUCAGAAGAGUAUAUUCCUUGAUGUCCUGAUAACAAUCCUCGAAAGGAUCGCUGAUCUGAAGCAAUCUCUGAAUUGUGACCAAAGUGUCCUGAACAUCGCUCAGAUUUACAUCGAUUUGGUGAUCAAAUCCGAUGGCGAGAUGAAUUUGGAACGUCUCGAGGAGUCUCUUUAUGGUUUUCUCCUGGUUUGUCAUCAGAGCAUAUCCAAGUUGCCCACAGAGGUGUUUACUUCGAUUUUCGCCCACAAAAAACUCACCAAGUACACAAUUCGUUUAGCAUGUCUCUUGCUCGAGAGAAAUUCAUCGGUUUUGCAGGAUGAAUUCAUCAAGUUGCUCCCUCAGAACAUCUCUAAAAAAGAACUCACCUACCCCCUCCUGAAUAUCGCCAUUACGAAUGGAAUUCCACUAGACGAAACGAUGUUGAGUACAAUUUAUCAAGAAUACAAGAAUGGUUUCAUGAAAACGAUUGAAAAACCCCAAAAAGCUGGAGUAAUCUACAAGGAAAAUGUCCAGGCAUCGAUUCACCUGAUCGAAACGUUUAUGCCCAAGUCAGAGUGUGUUGAUUUUUGCAAUAAGAAUAUCAAAUUCGAUUCGGUGGAGGUGUUCCAGGUGAAGAUAAUUCGGGCGAUUUUCCAAAAAGCCAUCGAUUCCAUUGAAGAUCGUGAGAAUAGUGAAGUCUUUGGAAAGGUUUUUGUUCAAUUUGUGAAUCUCUCUAUCCAAAUGCUCACCGUUGUGCUGAAAAAGGACGCCCUGGACGAAGAGAAGAUUCGGCUAAUUGGAUUUUCUCUCUUCAAAUGGAUGGCUCUCAGCAGCUCCAAUCAACAAAUAGACUAUAAGAAAAUUUUGAAAUCCCAAAACUGGAUGAACUUCUGCAAGGCUGCUCUCAAAGCUGGCAUGUACAUGAGUGAAACCGAGGAAAACCAAUUCGAGGCGGACAGUCUCAAUGGAGAACUGCUGAAGUUAGUAGCCUUCCUCGUUGACAGAGUCUAUUUGGACAAAGAGGAUACUCAAGAAGCCAGGUUGCUCUUUGAAAUGAUCUGCACACAUUCGAAGUUCCUGAGCAUUGUCCUGCAAAUCCACCCGACUGCGGUUAAGACCCAAAUAAUGCAUCUGUUGUUUGUGCUGGCCAAAAAAUGCCCCAGUGCUCUUGAGACCAAGCAGAUUCCAGUGGUCUUGGCUUCAUAUCAAGCCAAACUGACCGACUCUGAUCGAUACACCUUGGCGCUGUUGCAGUUGUACGAGGAAGCCGACAUUGGGCUACAUCAGUACAGACCCUUUAUCUGGGGAGAAUCAGCGAUAGCAUUCUACUCUCUCCAAGAGGAUAACCAGGAGAAAACGAACUUGCAACAUCAGGAGACAUCAGUUGCUCAGGUGAUGUCACUUGUCGAUCGACAUGUCUCCGAGUACACCCUUGACAACUUCCCCAUUUGGCGCAAAUUGGAUCCUAGCUCACAACUGCCAAGCAUCAGAUUUGAAGAUCCGGACUUGGCUCAUUUGGCGUUGUUCGGCUCGAAUUUCCUCGAAAGACGCAUAGAGCAGGGUGACUGCGAGUUUGAAGAGUCCGAGCUGCGACUGUGUCCCAAGCGAGACAACUACUACCAUGAGUGUUACGAUCCAGCCUUCAUUGUGCCUCUUAUGGCAGUGUGUUUCGCUCCAGAGAUCUAUACGCAGCCAGUGCUGCCAGUUCAGAAUGGCUUGCUGUCGCUGGUGUUUGCCGCCCUUUCUAGCCAGGAUAAGGAAAUGCGAAUGGCAGCUGGAUGUGUCCAUCUCAGAUAUCGGACACACUUCGAAAACAGUAAAUUCUACGAGAAACCCUUGUGGCAACAGGGUUAUGAUAAUAUCCAAAAUGGAUUAGAUGCAUUACGAGGCGAUUGGUUGAAGCACAAGAAAAACGGAGGAAUACCCCGGGUCCCAUACAUUUCAGGGCUCUUCUUAGCGAAAACCAUAAAUCUUACCACAGAUCCAACACACACUCUAUACAAACAACUCACAAUGUUCCUGCGACUCAAAGAGACCUUCAACUUCCUCUGUGUUCCCGAAUUCAAUGUGCUGUUCCACAGUCCCGAAGUUGAGCAUAAUACCUUUAGGCAGUUCAUAGUCGAGAUUAUACGGAAUGGAGUUCGUAGCAGCUCCGAUUUGUUCCUCUUAGUGACGACGAGUACGUUUAAGGCGCUACUGGGAUUCUAUGCAAGUAGCAUGUCAACAUUGGACUCGAAUUUGCAAAUUCUCUCGGUGCUUUCAACCUGCGUGAAGAUUCCAGGUUCAUCCAAGAUUAUGAUCGAACAUGUGGGUAUUAUUCCGUGGCUAAAUGGUCUCCUCUCUGGAGUCGAGUUCUAUCACUUCGACAUAAUCGAGGGUAUAAUCAAUAUUAUUAACAAUUUGUGGUAUGCAAUCAAAGCCAACGGCAAGAGCUUCCAUAAUUUCCAACACAUUCAAUCGGAUGUCAAUCGUUUAGUCCUCAGACUGUUGCCGAAUUUGUCGGGGCGGAUAACUCCAAAAAAUUUUGCCAAAUUAAUGAAUAUUCUAAAUAAAACCACAACCGAAGGACGAGGGGAUACCUGUCAGACUUUGAGUGAAAGCCAAUUGGACAGAUUAAUUGGUUGUGCACAGAAGUUAUAUGGCGAGGAGUUACUAAACGGUGUGGUAAGCAUCAAGAAGAACGGACCAGAUGGAGCGGAGAGUAGUGACAAAUAUUGUCGACACUUGGCUGAUGCCAAAACAGAUGAAGCAGCCAUGAUUGCAGUUUUUAGCUUGAGGGAGUUUGUCAUCAAGUGGAGUUGUCGAAUUAAGUAAUGUUUAUUUGUUCGGCAGAUGGUUAAGUAGAUUUUUUAAGAUUUUAGAAAAGAAAAAUGUUUUUUUUUUUUGUA